AUGUCUCAACCACCAGACCACAAACCUCCAGUCUACACAACCGGAGAAUUCGAAAUCCAGCAGAUCAACAACAGAGUGCUUGGUUUCCCCCGCGAGACUGCCCCCAUUAUCACCCCUGAGUGCGAACCGCAGGUGCUCGCCUUUGGCACUCUCGAGGCCCUGUUCACCAACAUCAGAGAGUACAACGAAGCAUUCGCCGCGAUCCAGUCAACCAAGCUUGCCGAUGACUCUGAUACCGUCAACUCAGUUCUGGAAAUAAUAUCCAAAGCUGGCAAGGACAUCAAAACGAUCGGCUCAUAUUUGAAAUGUGUGGGUCUGGUUGGCGAAAAUUGGGACUCUUCACCUGGCUUGAAACUGCUACUAAAUCCAGAAACCAUCAAGCCUGUUCCUCUCGCACUCAAGGAGCGCGAAAGAAAACUGAAUGAACAAGACGGGAAACCAAGCGAAUCAACACGCGAAUUCAUCGAAGAACUACGGAAGAAGAAGCUUGAAGAGGCCAUUCUCGACGGCAUCAAAGGGAUGUUGCCCUACUGGCAGACUUCAAAAGAUCGUGAGAAUACUGCUUCUAGGCUCCCAACAGGGCCUGAUAGUUCUCCUACUACCCCAGUUCUAGCCCCCGGUGGCUGCCCCUUAAAGUUCCCACACUCUGGAAUUAUUCUUCGAGAUGGUGACAUAAUCUUCCCAGAGUCCUCCAAGGCUGGACAAUCAACAAACAAAUCAUCAAGCAAAAGGACCUAUGGACGAUCAAAGGCAAAAGCAGGGGACUCUUCUUCUGUAUCUCUGGUUCCAAUUCCAGAAGAUGAAUCGAUUGUAGAGGUUGCGGCUGAUCUUCCUCCGAAGUUCCCCCCGAAAAGGACCGGAAAGAGAGCGUCCACUCCGUCAAACGAUAGUGACUACGUACCAAGGCAGCAAGUAAAGCGCAAGAAAUCCGCUGCAGUCGAGUAA